UCUAACUUUAUAAAUGUACGAUUACAAGUGAUCAUGGACCAGUAUUCCAUACAAACUGUGGGUAUAGUUGUGUAAACAUCUCUAAGUGUAUCUCAAUUUUAGAGACAGAAAUCAGGUCACUUUCGUACUUUAGGGAGACUUUAGUACAACUUUAAAUCCACCAAUCAUGUUGAUCGUUUUACUCAUGUUUCUGUCUGUCGCUCUCUGUAGGGAAGCCACAGCCUUAAAACCAGAGUGCCUGGAGCCGUCCUAUGAGGGACAGUACCUGAGUCUACACGUCUUCUGGUCCUACAGCCCCACCCUGGGGAGGUGCACCCAAAGGACUUUCGGCGGCCCCGCCCCUUCCGGACGGAACCAUUUCGAUUCCUUACUAGACUGCCAAGAAGCUUGUGAAGACUGAUUCGGACCCGACAUUACAAACAUUACCCAUAACAGAAUAAAAAAAUAUCCUCAAUAAAGCUCUUUGAAUUUUUAAAUCAUCAUCCAUUUUGUAUAUGAUAAUAUAAAGAGGUAAUAUGUUCUCUUUUUGUUUUUGUUGGGAUGCUCAGAUCUCGCGCGAAAAGACAUGCGCGGAUCUAAAAAAAAAUAUA